UUCAAAAGUAAUACAGAAUGCCAUGGAGAAAUCUCAUAUGCUUUUGGAAAUAACGCUGGAACUGGACUGCAAGGAAAACAUUACUUGACUCUGUGACCAACAUGUAAUUUUCUGCACCAGAAGACAAGAAGGAAACAACAGUUUUUAAGAAAUAAGCCAUGCCUGUUGCAGCUGAUGUAACUGUGGGGGACCUGCCUGUGAGACAUGCAGGUCUAACUCCAGCUGGAAUUGAAGGAUUACAAGAAUCUUCAACUGCGCAGAAUAUAAAAGCUCAACAAGCUACGUAACAAAUCAGUCAAGAAGAAAUGGAGGACAGGUUUCUUCAGGCACAUGAUGAUCACAUCUUACUCAAGCGGCAUGCAAAUGAGCAAGAGGAGAAAACUAAAAGAAUGACCACCAAGUUAAUACAGCUUGUUAAUGAUAAAAAAAAAGUCUGAACAGGUUGGUGGCGGCCCCAAGUGGCUGGGUCAGGCCUGGAGCUGGAAGAAAGGAUUGUGCAUUGACAAGAAAAAGUUCAUGAGCUUGAGAAACAAAAUGAAAGCCCCCUUUCAGCUGACCAGCAGCUCCAGAUUCCAGGCCACAGACCUUGUCCAUACAGCUGUGUUCAAUCUUUUAUUAGCAGUGGUCUCAGAAAAGUGAGCGAGGCUGCUGGUAUGCCAGAGCACACAAGGAAAGGUGAAAGAAUAAACAAUCCAGAAAAAGAGAAUGAACUCUUGAACAAAAACUAUGAUAAGCUGCAUAAGUGUAUGGGACAGGAGGUCAAACAAGAAAAGCUAGCAGAUGAUAAGGUGGAGAUGGCUGAAGAAAUUUAA